GCCACGCCUGUCAUGGCUGCUCUCCGGGCCGCUCUCGGCCCCACCCUCGCUGAUGCGCCGCGAGUCACCUGACUCGGCUGCGGGCUGAGGAGACACACAAGGGAAGUGAUCGUCGCGGGAGCCAGAUCGUCUGACCCAGGACCCCCGCGCGCCAUGCCGUCCGAGAAGACCUUCAAACAGCGCCGGAGCUUCGAACAAAGAGUGGAAGAUGUCCGGCUCAUCCGGGAGCAGCACCCCACCAAGAUCCCAGUGAUUAUAGAGCGAUACAAGGGUGAGAAGCAGCUGCCCGUCCUGGACAAGACCAAGUUCCUUGUACCUGAUCACGUGAAUAUGAGCGAGCUCAUCAAGAUAAUUAGAAGGCGCCUGCAGCUCAAUGCUAACCAAGCCUUCUUCCUCCUGGUGAAUGGGCACAGCAUGGUGAGUGUGUCCACACCCAUCUCUGAAGUGUACGAGAGCGAGAGAGAUGAAGACGGCUUCCUGUACAUGGUCUAUGCCUCCCAGGAGACGUUCGGGACAGCACUGGCUGUGUAAGACUAGAACAAUGCCUAAUGUUUGUUAAGCCCCUACCAAGGCAAAAAGGGACGUUACCAGCGGAAGCUGGUCAGCUCACCACCCACAGAUCAGAACGUAGGCACCCACGUAGGGGAUUAGAAACUAUCUCAGCCAGAAACUGAGCGCCAUGCAAGUGCAUUUGGCUUGGAAACUCAUCUAAACUAGACUAUCCUGUGUUCAAACUUUAGUUUAAAAAUAAAAUACUUUGCAUCCUAAGUUGCCAAUAAAAAGACCAAGUUAUUUUGACAUUUUCUCCCUAGUAGGGACUUGAAAUAGAAGAGCAGUGUCAGGGGCGGCCUCUUCCUGGGACCUGCUGCCUUCUCUAAAAGGGCUUCUACUCAGAGAAGUCCCUGGAAACAGUCCCUCGCCCAGGUUGCCUAGCAGAGGUCCCUAGAGGGCUCUGGCUUUGCCCGAAACAGGUCAGGUGUAUAGGACAUAGCUCUAAGGACCCACACGGGCCCUGGUCCUGAACCCCAGCCAUUUCACCUCAGCAGUGUGGGACGCUCACCCGCUGCUGUGUAGACAUUACCACAUGCACCACUGCUCAGAGGCCAGUUCCAACCCUGUCCAGGGGUUGCUUGGUCCAGCUUCUUAAGAAACUGCAAGGUGUUUUUCUCCUGGUUUGGACUUCUCUGGUCCAUGCCUGCUUCAGGUGUGCAAUGCUGGCCUUCCCAUGCAGCUGUCCAGUGGUGGGCUGAAGUCCAAGUGCACUCGCCUGUGCGUGGCUCACACCUGUCAGUGCACACCCAGUCUUUGUAAGGGCAGUUCUGACAGCUGUUGGGGUUUCCCCAUUUCAUGCCAGUACAUACAUGUCAGCUCUGAAGGCAACAGCAACAGGAAGAGAGACAUGCUUGUGACAGACAUACAGCCACUUCCAACUAAAGCAAGCCUCUGCUUCCUGCUACCUGCAUGGAGCCCACUGUGACACUCAGACCAUCCCCGGUCACUCACUCACUCGUGUCUGAGAAUCUCAGUGAGAGCUGCCUCUGUCACGGACGGAAGCCAACACAGCCACCUCUCGACCUGGCUCCCCACAGCACCCACCCUCCCUGCAUGCAGCUGUCCCUGCUAACCCUAAUGUUAUGUUACACUGUGUAAAUCCCCACUGCUGCCGUGUGUGGGUUGUGUACGUCAUGUCCCUGGUUUAUAACUAUGGUGCGGUCGGGAAGGACUCCUGUAAUGCUGCUCUAAGAUGCUGCUCAGGCAGCCAUUGUAGGACACCUGUACUCUGAUGCACUAAGUCAAUAAAGGCACAACUGGACCUGU